AUGUCUAAUGAAGAGCCUGUCGAUGUGAUGCCUGCGAUUCGCAAGGCAUGCGAGCCCAAGUGUGAGCAGUCGUUCCGUGCCUAUCGAGCGUGUGUGGACCGUGUCAAGAGCAAAGGCGUUGGCGCGUGUGACGGCCAGUACUUUGACUUCUUGCAUUGUAUUGACAAAUGUUCCGUCCCUCAGAUCAUGAAGCACUUGAAGUAA